AUGGCGAGUCUAAGGAGAAGAAGAUCCUUAUUUCCUUUUCUCGUCAUUCUCUUCCUUUCCUUCUUCCUUUCCACAUUCUCUUCUCCAAUUCCUGAUGGAUCUUCUCAUUCUCAUCAACUCUCAACCCUUCCAGGUUUUCUUCACGAGAGAAAACUCCUCCAGACAGCUGAAGCUCCAACCGAAGCUUCAUCACAUUCUUCAACUACUUUAAUAUUAGCUGCAAACAGGACGCGUAGAAAGGAUCCUUUGAAUGAUUUCAAGUAUUAUGAAGGAGGAUGGAAUAUCACCGAUCCACAUUACUUGUAUUCAGUAAGCUAUUCUGCAGCUCCUCCAAUCAUAGUUGCUAUGUUUUGGUUCAUCUUUUUUGGUAUAUAUCUUUGCUGUGUUUGUAUUUGGCGAUGUUGUUGCUGUGGAAGAUUAAAGCCACAUGGAUAUUCACCAGCUGCUUACAUUGCCUCUCUUCUCUUCCUUAUACUCAUUACUGUUACUGCAAUAGUUGGAAGCAUUAUCCUAUUUGAGGGUCAAGCUGAGUUUGAGAUGAGUGUAGCGGAUAUCAUAUCGUAUAUUCUGCACAAAGCGGAUUAUGUAAUUGAAACACUACAGAGUGUCUUUAAUUAUCUUUUAUCGGCUAAGAAUAUUGGAAUUGGGCCAUUAACUCUACCCCCAGAUCUGCUAGGAACUAUUCAAUUUACGCAAAAUAAUAUCAAUGCUGUUGCAGACAACUUGCACAAAGUUACCGGGGCGAGUUCAGAAGACAUCUCCAAUUUGCUUACUCCGUUGAGGAUUCCUCUCAUACAUGUCACAGCCUUCAUGCUUGCUUUGGUGAUCUUUGGAUUUUUUCUAUCACUUGGUGGGAUGCAAUGCUUGGUAUACUUCUUACUGGUGGUUGGGUGGAUUGCUGUGACAUUUGUGUUUGUAGCGAGCGGUUUGUUCCUCCUCGUUCAUAAUGCAGUUGAGGACACUUGUGUGGCAAUGGACGAUUGGCUUCUGAAUCCGAAUGCACAUUCGGCUCUAGAAAGCAUUAUUCCAAAAGCAGAUAACCAAACAGCCAGAACAAUACUCAUGGAUACUAAACAAAUCACUUUUGCACUUGUCAAUGAAACAAAUACAGCCAUCACCAAUGUCUUUAACGCAGACAUGCAGCCGUCUGCUGGACCGUUGUUCUUCAACCAAACAGGCCCUCAUGUGCCUGUGCUUUGCAUGCCACUCAAUGCCAACCUCACCGAAGUCCCAUGCUUAACCGGUGAAGUUAAUUUCACUAAUGCAUCCGAGGUGUGGAAGGGUUAUGUUUGCGAGGUUUCUACUACGGGGAUUUGUAUAACUCCUGGGCGGAUUACUCCCGAAGCGUACACGGAGCUAAUUUCGUCGCUAAACGUGAGCUACGCACUUUACGAGUAUGGAUCAUUCCUUGUGGAUCUUGUGGACUCUACAUAUGUGAAGGAAACAUUUAUGGACAUAUCAAACAACUUUUGUCCUAGUUUAAGGCAUUCAACAAAAAUGAUGUGUGUCGGGUUUAUAAUGGUGGCUGCAGCCUCAAUGCUUUCUUUAAUAUCGUGGAUGUCUUAUGGUCGAGAAAGAAGGCGUCGAAAAUAUGCGAUGAAACGAAUGAACCAAUUUCCUCCGCCUCCUCCUCUUCCUCCCAAGGGAUACUACAUUGGUGGUCGCGGAAAAUAUUGAUAUUUAUUAUAUAUAUAUAGAGUUGGGUAUUUAGUUGUUGUUAUAUAAUGUUUAUUGCAUAUCAUCUAAUGUAUAGCAACAAAAUCUUACCCCAUAGUGAAAUGAAAUUAAAUUGAA